UCAUACCCAUCGACGCCAUCAAGACGCGUCAGGUUUGCCCACACGUGAGCGAAAAGAGGAGCAGUGUUCUGGACUGAAGAGGGUUUAAAUGAUUCCGAAGGUAAGUUCACACCUUAUUUUGAUUACUUUAGGGAAUCUUUUAAAGGGAAAGGGUUAAAACAGGUUAGAAACAGGUAAUAAAUAGUCAAAACUGGUGAAAAAAAAACAGGUAAGAAAGAGGUGGUAAAAGGUUAAAACGCGGACUUCAGGACUGCUGUCGAGAAUAUACAGUAUAAAUUAAGGCUGUCAAAGUUAACGCGUUAUUGUCGCGUUAACUCAAGUGACUUUUAUCGCCACUAAUUUUUUUGGCGCACGAUUAACGCAAACCUUAGUCUGGCUUGACCAAACUAUACACACACUGCGUGGAUAUUCUUGCCGUUGUAAAAGGGUAGAGGAACAGUUGGUGAGGUGUCCAGGCUAUGUGAGCCUCGGGGCACUCCGUAGUUUCACGAAUCAGGAAGUAGAGCACUGACUGAUACCGCAGCAGACAUAAACAAAUCCCCGUGAGCAGUAACUAGGAUAUAAUGGAUAAGAACACGAUUUUGAACAGAAAGUUCAGCUACAAAGCCUUGCCAGAUGGCUCUCUUGACAGGACAAAAGUCAUUUGUGUUUCCUGUCGAGCUGAAUUUAGUUACCACCGGAGUACGUCUAGUCUCAAAUAUCACUUGUCGGCCAAGCACACAGCUGAUGCAGAGAGCCCCCCCCCCCAAACAAAAAGUGAGCUCGGAGUCAAAAAUAACGCCCAGGUUCUUAACACAUUGUGAGGGUUUAAAAUCUUGUAGUUUUGGUAAAAGUUUCUCUCUCAGGCCUUCAGGACCAAUGACUAAACCCUCUGUUUUAUUCUGGUUGAGUUGGAGGAAAUUAUCUGCCAUCCAUGACUUAAUAUCUGAAAUGCAGUUAAAAAGGGCAUCAACUGGCCCUGUGUAAUCAGGAGACACAGCAAUGCACAACUGCGUAUCAUCAGCGUAACUGUGGAAACUGAUGCCGUGCCUCUUGAUGACAUCCCCCAAAGGAAGUGUGUAAAUAUUAAAAAGAAGUGGGCCUAAAAUUGACCCUUGGGGGACCCCAUACUUAAUUUUAUGUGUUCUGGAGGAACAUGUAUCCAUAUUUACAAAGAAAGAUCGAUCCAUGAGAUAGGAGUGGAACCACUUUAAAACGGUACCAGAGAGGCCAACCAAAUGCUUCAGUCUGUUUAAUAAAAUGUGAUGGUCUACGGUAUCAAAAGCAGCACUAAGAUCCAGUAAGACCAAGACUGGUAGUUUUUUGGUAUCUAAAUUACAUCUGGUGUCAUUUAAAAUCUUCAAAAGAGCCGUCUCGGUGCUGUGGUUCAUCCUAAAGCCAGAUUGAAAUUUCUCAGAAAUAUUGUUUUUAGUUAAAAAAUAAUUUACUUGGUUAAAAACUACCUUUUCUAAGAUUUUACUUAAAAAUGGUAGAUUAGAUACAGGCCUGUAGUUGUUAAAGACAUUGUGGUCUAGAUUGCUCUUCUUCAGAAGGGGCUUCACCACCGCCAUUUUAUAGGCAGUGGGGACGACACCCGUCUGAAGAGAGCAAUUCACUAUAUUUAAAAUCUGUUCCUCGAAGAAUUCAUAAAAUGUCUUUAAAAGUGAUGUGGGAAUUGGAUCUAAAAGGCAGGUUGUGGGGUUUACCUGGGAGAAUACUUGACCAAGGGCCUUCGCAUCAACCAGACUAAAACUCUCCAGUGUCUCCACGGGUAAAAGCAGUGAUCCAGGUGUAUUAAGAACAGCAUUCUGAUGAGAUAAAAGACUGGCUCUGAUGGUAUCAAUCUUGCUUCUGAAGUGGUCUGCUAAGUCUAGGGUUGGGUAUCGUUUGAUUUUGAGCGAUUUCGAUUUCGAUUCCUCAUUUCGAUUCCGAUUCCUAUCAAUUCUCUAUUUCGAUUCAUUUAAAAGGCAGGAUAUCCAAAAAUUUUUAAAAAAGCAUGGUUUGAAAGAGGGUGCUAACCGGAGCUCUUCUUUUUGGAUGAAAUUUCUGAACUUCCCCAUGAAUUUUUAAAUCAUAUUAACUUUUUAAGAACUUUACUAUGAAUUUCUCACAGGGCUAUUUUCAACCAGUAUAUAAAUAUCAAUUUUUGUUGUCAGGUCGUUUGUCUAUGAAAAAGCACAAGGGCUAACGUUAGAUGGAUAUUUAAGUUUACUCACCGUACACAGUUCAAUUUCUUUACCGUUUCAAAGUUAGCAGAGGACAGAAGUAAUUUAUUGUUUCACUUAUCUGAUCCUGACUGGUUAGCGGAAGACAGGUGUUGUGCUGUAGAAUGCACCCCUGCCGAAGAAUGCCUCCCCUCCACUCAUUAGCUUCUUAGUGGAAGAAAUAUGAUCUCAUAUUUAAUAAAACACGGGUAUUAGAUCAUGAAAACGUGUCAAAUGGAGCAGUAAACUUUCGUUUUGUUUUUAUGUGUCUCAAAAAUGCUGUAUAUAAUAUAAACUGUACAGUAAGCUGUUAAGGUAGAGAACAUUAUAUUUUCGGGACAGUAAAUAUUCCGAAUCAGAGGGCUAUUGUUUUCGGCAUAUCUGAAUAGCCUGAAUGAAAUCAUUAAAGGCACACGCUUUAGAUUCCGUUCAACGGUAAGGAAAACUUGGAUUGUUUCGCCUUGUUGUGUACUUUCAACCGCGCUCCCGUCAGGGGGGCAUUCUAUGGCAGGGGUGCAUUCUAUGGCACAACACCGGCGAAGCGCGUCAAAGACGAGCACUCGGGUAUUUCUCCUCCAUGAAUCCUGAGGUGUUAAAUCAUGGUGGUCGUUUACCCUCCUUUGCAUGAUCUAAUUGUAUUGCUAAUGUUGCAUUGAGAUAAGAGUUCAUUUUUCCUGCUAAAGUUAGCCAAACUUUUGACCAAUGAAGAAGAAGCCACCGAGCACCAACAAGGACGGAGCGUAUGAGAUGGAGCCACACACAGAGAGAGGAGAGAGACAGAGAGAGAUUGUAACCCACAGCGGCUGCAUUGCUGUGGGUUGCAAUGUACUUUCUCUCUCUGUCUCUCUUCACUUUCUGUGGGCUUCGUCUCAUACGCUCCGUCCUCAUUGGUGUUAAGCGGCUUCUUCUUUGUUGAUUUUCGGCGGCUAUUUCUUCCGGUCGGCGGACUCCGGCAUCGAAACUUGGAAUCAAAAUUUUAGUAUUCGAACGAUACCAGAAGAAUCGAAAUGUUAGUCCCGGUCCCCAUCGAUACUCGAUUCUCGAUACCCAACCCUAUGUAUAACUGUUAAAAGAAACUUCACAAGAAUUAAGCGAUUUCAAGAUAAAAGUGCUUUGGAUAUGCUUCCACAAGCUUUUCACGAUAGUUUGCAUGAAUUUUGGCCCAUUUCUCCUGACAGAACUGUUGUAACUAAGCCAAGUUUGUAGGCCGCCUUGCUCUCACAUGACUUUUCAGUUCUGUCCAUGAAUUUUCAUUAGGAUUGAGAUCAGGGCUUUGUGAUGGCCACUUCAAAUCAUUGACUUUGUUAUCCUUAAGCCACUUUGUAACCAGUUUGGCAGUACGCUUAGGAUCACUAUCCAUUCGGAAAACCCAUUUAACCCUAGCUUUAACUUCCUGGCUGAUGUCUCCAGAUGUUGCUUCAGUAUUUCCACAUAAUGUUCUUUCCUCAUGAUGCCAUCUAUUUUGUGAAGUAUACCAGUCCCUACAACCCCACAACAUGAUGCUGCCACCCCCAUAUUUCACAGUUGGGAUGGUGUUUUCAGGCUUGCAAGCUUCCCCUUUUUUCCUCCAAAUGUAACAAUGGUUAUGAAUGAUGGCCAAAAAGUUCAAUUUCAGUUUCAUCAGACCACAGGGCGUGUCUUCAAAAAUUAAGGUCUUUGUCCCUUUGUGCAUUUGCAAACUUUAAUCUGGCUUUUGUGUUUCUUUUGGAGUCAUGGCCUUUCAGUCCAUGUUGGUACAGGACUCGUUUCACUUUUGAUAACAACACAGUCGUACCAGUUUCAGCCAGCAUCUUCACAAGGGCUUUUGCUGUUGUUCUUGGGUUGAUAUUUACAUUUCGGUCCAAAGCACGUUCAUCUCUGGGACACAGAACCCGUCUCCUCCCUGAGCGGUAUGAUGUCUGGACAUUCCCAUGGUGUUUAUACUUGCGUAUAAUCGUUUGAACAGAUGAAUGUGGCACCUUCAGGCAUAUGGAAAUUGCACCCAAAGAUGAAACAGACUUGUGUUGGUCCACAAUUCUCUUCCUGAUAUCUUGGCUGAUUUCUUUUGAUGUUUCCCAUGAUGUUACUCAAAGAAGCAGUGUGUUUCAGGUGUGCCUUAAAAUACAUCCACAGGUGUGUUUCUAAUUAAAUCAAAUGUUGUCAAUAACCCUAUCAGAGGCUUCCAAACCCCCAAAUAUCAUCAUCUGGACUUUCCCAAAUUGUUUAAAGGCAUAGUCAACUUAGUGUAUGUAAACUUUUGACUCUCAAGAAAAUAAUAAAAAAUUGUCUAAAAUAUUCUCUCUCUCAUUAUUCUGGCAUUUAGCAAAUAAAAAUAAUUUUGGUAAUCCUAAGUGACCAAAAACAGGAAAAGUUCAAUCUGAUUUAAUGUUAGACGGUGAGAAAAAAAAGGUUAGGUGCUUUUUUUAUAUAGAGUAUGUAAACUUCUGGUUUCAACUGUAUCUGAGUGAUUCCCCUUAAUUGAAAUCAUAUUUUAGUUUGCUUCAAUGUUCAGACUGUGGGAUCAUUUUUGUUUGUAAACCAAAUAUUUCUUUUUUCACCUCCACGGAGCCUCAAUACCAGCCAGGAGAGAACCUGUAACUCCGGCUCACAAAACUGAGACAUGUGCAUCUACUUCAGAGUGCACGGACAAGUAUGUGUGUGAGAGUUUGUGUGUGUACAGUUUAUCAGUAUAGAAAGCCAACUGCAGUCUGGGUACAAUCAAAUCAAUUCAAAUCAAAUCAAUUCAAAUCAAAUCAAAUCAAAUCAAAUCAAAUCAAACUUUAUUUAUAAAGCGCUUUUUCUCCAUGAAUGUGACUCAAAGUGCUUUACAAGUGAAAAACAAAAACAAACACACACAUACAACAAACACACAUGCGCGCGCCAACGUGCCCGCAUACACACAUAAAGACAAUGGGCAUCAGGCUGAGUGCAGAUGAACCAGUAGAGAAAGCGCCUGUAACAUUUAGGAGUGUCAGCAGGACGUCAAACCAAUUAGUAACUUUUAAUUCCUGCCACUUUCCAAAGUCCUGCUCUCCUCUAAGGGACUCUAUAAUGGAUCAAUGUUGUAUAACUCUGACUAUAUCAUUCAGUACUGUUUUAUGUUGUUUGUCAAAUCAACUCCCUGCACAUCCGAGCAUGUGUUUCUACCUUCCUUAGGCACCCCGAUUACAAACAUUCCCCAUGCACCUUUUUUGUGUGUUUAUCCUCCUGACUGCAUCUUGUACUUUUUUAGCUUCAUGCCUCAAAGAAAAAAAGAUGGUCAAACUUUGGAGGUGAAUCUGGAGAGUUUUUCCUGCUGACAACACCACUUCAGAUGUGUUUCUUUCUUUCUUUAUGUUCUUUGGGAUACACAAAUACUCACUCUGUCUUCCCAUUUCUGCCACUUGAGGCUAUUUGGGACGUAUAAAACUUUGCCAGGAACUUUUGGGUUGUCAUUUUUGUUUUUCUUUUCCCCUCUGCAGUUACACCUGGAUUAACUGGAAUGUCACUAUCCUCUUAAUAAUCAUGCGUUCCCUGUGUAUCAUUAAGUCCACCUUCCUGACUGCUGUGAGAUUUUGAAUGAGAUGAACAAAAGAGUGAGCCUUGAGCACCUAUUGGAUUAACAGUUUAUCGCUGUGACCAACAUACAGCUCAACACGAAGAAGAGAAGAGGCGGAGAGUCUGUCUCUCUAUUUUGGAUUUGAUCUGCAAUAUCAGCCUCUGGGGCUUUUUGCUUUUCAUUUUAAUUUCAUUUGUGCCAUUCAUGAAAAUGUGCAAAGUCAAGUCAGGACCCAAUCAUACAGGAUAUAAAUGAAGCUUUAUUUAAACUCAAUCUGGUGGUUGAUUUGACUGUGAUUCUGAUUUAAAUCUGAGCAAAAAUCUGAGUUUUAUUUCCUGUUUGACCUGCAGACGAUGAAGAGACAAGAGGAAGAGCUGAGAGCUGAGAGGGAGGAGAAGGAGAAGGAAGACGAAGAAGAAGAGGAGGAGAAGGAAGAAGAGGGAGAGGUGGAGGAGAACACUGCUGCAGAGAAAAAUGGAGAUAAAGUCGAUGACGAUGAUGAAGAUGAUGGUGUGAGGCUGAAGAAAAGCUUUGUAAAGAAAUGUGUUGGAGGUGCAGAGAAGAAAUGUGUCCCAGGUAUCAUCUACCUGGGACACAUUCCACCGAGGUUCCGUCCAAAACACCUGAGGAAUCUGCUGUCAGUGUACGGAGAGAUCGGACGCAUCUUCCUCCAACCUGAAGGUACCUUAUUAUUGCACACAUACACAUACACUGAUGUCAGUGUUUCAUGAAACAAAAUCUGAUCAGUUUAAGUCUGUAAAUAAUUUUUGUGACGUUCCUCUGUCCUUGUCUCCUUGUCCCCUCGUCUCCUCUUUCCUCCUAUAUUCACAGAUGGUCAGGUGAGGAAGAGGAAGAAGAGGUCAGGUUUAAGGAGGUGUGACUUCACUGAGGGCUGGGUGGAGUUUGUUGACAAAAGAGUUGCCAAACGAGUCGCAGCAUCUCUGCACAACACGCUGAUGGGAACCAGGAAACGCCAACACUUCUCCUCCGACCUGUGGUCAAUGAAGGUAAGUCUGUCCUAGUGAAGGUCCAGGGGUCCGUUUCACGUAGGUGGUUCAACAAACUCUGAGUUAAAUCCUGAACUCUGAGUUGAUCUACUCUGAGUUAGGAAACUCUGAGUUUCCGGUUUCACAACACCUGAUUUGAGACGGUUUUAACAACUCCGAGUAGUUUGACCUGGAGUUAAGCACGUGCACACCAGACAUAAACAGCCAGCAUCUGUGGAGCGCAGAUUCAAUGAUCAACCAAUGGAAACAGGGAGAAGGAGGGGGCAGCAGCAAGCCAACAGCGAAUUACAGCACGUUUGUAAAAGAAAGUGCAAUACAGCAGCAGCUGCAAAGGAGAGGGAGAGGGCUUGGGAGGAAAUCGCUGCUCGCGUCAAUGCGUAACUUUAAAUCUAGUCUCGUGCAAUCACAAUGACAGACUGUUGCAGGGAAACUGCUUGAAUCAUUUUGAUCAUGUUUUACAUUGUCAAGUAAGUAUUAAGUGGCAGUUUGAUCCCUUAAAAAUGCUCUUUUCACACUCAAAACUGAAUUUACCUCUCUUAUGAUGUUCCGUUAAAUGAUUAGGAAUAUUAAACUAACUCUCAGUAUGUAUAUGUACAUAUAUUAAACUAACACACACUACACUCAAUAUUAGACUUUCACUCAGCAAACAGAAAGAGGGCAGAUGCCAGAAAAACGGGUGGUGGCCCAGCAGCCCCACCUUUAACGGAGGCAGAGGAGCUGCCCCCCCCUCGACGAUCGCAACCCUCACCCCGUAGCAGCGAUCGUCGGACUGGUGUGCGUGUGUGUGUCUGUGGGGGGGGGCUGGGGGGCAGCUCCUCUGCCUCCGUUAAAGGUGGGGCUGCUGGACCACCACCCGUUUUUGUGUUAGUUUAAUAUUCCUAAUCAUUUAACGGAACAUAAUAAGAGAGUAAAAUUCAGUUUUGAGUGUGAAAAGAGCAUUUUUUAAGGGAUCAAACUGCCACUUAAUACUUACUUGACAAUGUAAAACAUGAUCAAAAUGAGAAAAUGCCGAUGUCUCACCUGAAACUCUGGGUUUACUGAGUUAAACCUGCUCCCGAGCAGGUUAGGUUCACGGAGUCUGUUACUGUGGUAACUGACCGCGAGGUUGAGUUACCUCUCUUUGUGAAACAGGUUAGAGUUACCCCUCUCUCCCUGGUUUAACUAACCCUCCUUUGUGAAACGGAAAACUCAGAGUUUCCCUGAUUUCAGGGUUAACAAACUCGGAGUUUCCAUUAAACCUGCUACGUGAAACGGACCCCAGGUCCUCUACAGAGUUAAAGGUGGGGUAGGCAGGAAUUACGUUAAAGAAGCAUCUUUUUUGUGGCGUAUUGACAAAAGAACUUCUAAUAUCAGUCAAUAGUUCUUAGUUAUUGAUGACAUUUGGUAAUAUAAAGAUAUCUCUGUGUUCUCUUAUGUCUGUGUAGUCAACAUUUUAACAUGUUUUGAGCAGCCCACUCUUUGUGACUGUAAACAAAGCCGUUCUCCACCUCCCCGGCCUGAUUGGUUGUGAGGCAGACGCUGCUCCCCUGUUUCGUUCAUGAACCUAAACAAAGUUAGCGUUCUACAACAUCAGACAGUAGAAACCAACCAAAAAGUACAGAAAAUUGUCUGAAUCCUCCUUUGGCCACGACUGCCAACACAAGCAAGAAAAUGAAGUAAAUACCGGAGACUCUGGCAGAAUAACGGGCGCUUAAAACAGAGGUAGAGCUAAAAAGACGGGUCAACAUAAACGAUGGGGGACGCUUCGGGAUCUUGGUGACCCUGUAACCUUUCUGCUGGACAGGUAAACAGCUUUAACAAAGUAAGACAAGUGUCAGUAACAGAAGUGUUUCUUGUCAAACGGACCUGCUGUAGCGUGUUGUAGCGCCAUCGCUAAACUGUCCUCCCUCGGGUCCUGGACUAUGUCACUUUAUCCUAGUUGUAGAAGUCCUGCAAACAUUGUGUUGUUGUAGCACCAAUGCUUUUGACUUUCACCUUGACUGGGCCCCAUUUGUAAUUAUCUGAAGUAUUUAUCUGCAUUAUAUCUGAAUUUAAUUGGAACGAUACGAGCGAGCAGGAGCGUCUGUUUGUGGGCGGGGCUUGCUGGAGCAGAGAGGGAGGGGAGAGGAGGAGCUGAGGGGAAAACUGGUUGGGAGGGGUAGAGUUUACAUUCAAGAUUUUUCCCAAAAAACUGUAACUAACUCAGAUCCUGACUUCACCACCUUGUAAGCUCAGACCAGUCGACACAGUCAUACCACAGGACACGCUGGACAUGGUCUCUGGUUCUGGGGUGUCCUGACAGCGGGAACAUGACACUUGUAGCCAUUAAAUAUCUCGAACCUAAAUUUUUUCAGUAAAACUGUGAAAAAGUUAAUGUACUCAAAUAUAUGAGACAUUGAGGCAUUUCUCUCCAGGAUAUGAAGCAAAAAGUACCGUCUAGAUCACUGUCACACAUAUAUAUAUAUAUAUAUAUAUAUAUAUAUAUAUAUAUAUAUUUAUAAAGUUUUCUCAGGUUUACCUCCCAAUAUAUGAAGCAUUAGAAUAUUAAUUUUAGUACCUGCACAGGUUCCAGUGGACUCACUUGUCUGUCUCACUGCGGUCUUUCUGAUUUUAGUACCUGCACAGGUUCCAGUGGACUCACCUGAGUGAACGUCUGGCGUAUGAGCAGACAGUUAUGCAGCAGAGACUCAGGACUGAGGUGUCUCAGGCGAAGCGGGAGACAAACUUCUACCUGAACAACGUGGAACGGAGUGCUCACCUGGACAAUGUGAAGAAGAAGAGGACGAGAGAUGGUCAACAGGUAAACUCAUCUGGACUCACCUGCAGCUUUAGGUGUUUUCACAGGAUAUUUGCUGUAAUGUGUUUGGUUUGUGGUCCUCAGGUGGAAGAGAAGACAUGGGACUUCACGCAGCGUCAGACAGAGGAUGAGAUCCAGAUAAAGAAAAAGAACUCUAUUAGCCAGAGGCACCUAGCUAAGGCCCACCUCCUACAGCAGAAGAGCCAAUCAAACAUCUCACUGCUGGCCAAGAUUUUUAACACAAACAAAUCAGAGUAAGAGGACAGAAACAACGAAUCGGCAGUUUGGCAAAACUGCUGUCACAGAAAAGCACCAACCAACCUAUCACGGGACAGCCUGGGAAAGAGGCGGAGUUUACAGAAUCAUUUUCUGUGCUUAUUUCCAUUUUUCGCUUUCUGGCAAACAAGCUGUGGAGGACAUAAUGAGCUUGCUAGACUGACCUUUGACAUCAGUUCACAAUCAGACUUACCUGUGCAGGUGAGGGAUGUCAGAGCAGAGCAACUUUAAACCUCUGUGUAAAAUAUUGUAAAUAAAUCUCUUCAAUGUGACUGGACUACUUCUAUUUAAUUAGCUCCUUCCCCACCUGUCCUGCUAACACACCAGUGUCUUAAACUCUAUUUUUUUACAGUUUUACGUGAUAGAUUUACACAAUGAAUUUUCAGCAGGUUUUUCCUAAGUGUUUCUUUGAUGAAUAAAUACAUGUCUUCUUUUCUUUCUCAUUUUAUAUAUUAACAAAUAAUUUUUCAAGAAACUUGGUCUAAAGCUUCACAAUGAAUUCAAGAGCAUUUUGAUCAGGUUGAACCGCUUCUUCACAGGAAACAGGAUAAAUUCAGGAUAAUUAAAAACUGUUACCUGUU